UGGCUCAUCUCACGGCCCAGGCAGGCGUGGCCUCCUGGAUUUUUCGCAAUCUUCAAACCGCGGACAGCUGGGCUUCCGGUGAUCUUCAGCUUUCUUGCUCGCUGCAAACAGGCCAAGAUGGUGCCCCCAGGGCCACCGCCCCUGGCCUUCCUGGGACUGCUGCUGGUCUGGGGACUCCUGGUCCCAGGCGCCCCUGGACAGAAGUUCCCAGUGCGAGUGGAACCCCCUGAGUUGGUGGUGCCCGCCGGCGGGUCCCUGGUGGUGAACUGCUCCAGCGAGUGUCCCGAACCCGUGAACUUCUCCCUGGAGACGCCCUUCAGCAAGGACACACUGGGCAAGGGCCGGGGCUGGGCAACCUUCCGGCUCAGCAAUGUGACAAGUGACCACAAACUCCUAUGUUCCUCUUACUGUCUCGGCUCCCAGGAAGCGGGUGCGGCCAAUGUCACCGUCUUCGCCUUCCCUGACCGGGUGGACCUGGCCCCCCUGCCCCCCUGGCUCCCAGUGGGUGACAAUUUCACCCUGAGCUGCCGGGUGACUGGUGGGACGCCCCGAGCCAACCUGGUGGUGGUGUUGCUUCGAGGGAAGGAAGAGCUUCACCGGCAACAGCUGGCUGAGGAGGGGGUCACUGUCGUGGUGGAGGCAUCGAGGAAGGACCAUGGGGUCAACUUCUCCUGCCUCACAGAAUUGGACUUGAGGCCUCAUGGACUGGGAGUGUUCCAGAACCUCUCGGCCCCCCAGCAGCUCCGAACCUUCGUCUUACCCUCGACGCCCCCUGAACUCUUUGUACCCCGAUUGUUGGAGGUGGGCACGUUGGACUUGGUGGGGUGCAUCCUGGACGGGCUGUUCCCAGCGUCCGAAGCCGAGCUGCAACUGGCACUGGGAGGCCAGUGGCUCAGUCCUGCCGUCUGGAAGCACGGGGACCAUCUCCGGGCCAGCGCCGAGGUCACUGCCCUCGACGGGCAGGAGGGCACCCUGGAAGUGCUUUGCAGAGUGACCUUGGCAGGAAGGAACCUGGAGACCCGGGUGAACACCACCAUUUAUAGCUUCUGGGGGCCCAAUCUGACUCUGAGCGAGCUCAGCGCUCUUGAGGGGACCACGAUCAACGUGACGUGUGCCGCAGGCCCCCAAGUCCAGGUCUUCCUGGACGGAGUUCCCGCCGCUGCCCCCGGGCAGCCCGCCUGGCUUCAGAUCCACACCACCGAGGAGGACGAUGGGCGCCUUAUCCUCUGCAACGCCACGCUCGACGUGGGGGGGGAGCUCCUGCACCGGAACCGGAGCGUCCAGCUGAGAGUCCUGUACGGCCCCACCAUUGACCCGGCCCAAUGUCCCCCGCGUGUGACUUGGAAGGACAAGACGACCAACGUGCUGCAUUGCCAGGCGCGGGGCAACCCGGACCCCAAACUCGGGUGUUUUCAAGAAGUCUCCGGCCGCGAGGUGCCCAUCGGUGCCCCCUUCUUUGUCAACAUGAGCUAUAACGGGACCUACUUCUGCCGGGCCACCAACCUCCUGGGCACUUAUAACUUGAAGGUGGUGAUGGACGUGCAGGAUCGGAACCUGAGCAGUGUUACCACAGUCCUGGUAAUCUUUGUGCUCCUGGGUCUACUCGUUCUCACCGCGUCUUCUCUGUACGUCUUCUGCUUCCACAGACAUACAGACAGCUAUCAAGUCAUGCCUCUCAUGUCCAGGGAGCCCAAGGAAGCGGCAAGAGAUGUGGCUUCUUGAGGCCUUGGAGGCUGCAGGUUCAGUCCCUGGCACCACCUUCAGCCAGAGCUGAGCAAGCUUCCAGUUCCAUCUUCAUCUCUCUCUCUCAUUAAUAAUAAAUAAUUAAAUAAGAAGAUGGGGGGGAUGACGGGGGAAUUAGCAUAAUGGUUAUGCACAGAGACUUUCCUGCCUGAGGCUCCAAAGUCCCAAAUUCAGUCUCCCACACCACCUACGUCAGAGCUAUGCACCUCUUUAAAAAAAAAAAAAAAAAAGAGGAGGAGGAGGGAUGCUGGUUGUAUCUUCAAGUUUCACAGAUGCACACCAAUAAACCAUAUAUAUAUAAGGACCAGCAUAAGGAUCCCGGUUCGAGCCCCCGACUCCCCACCUGCAGGGGAGUCGCUUCACAGAUGGUGAAGCAGGUCUGCAGGUGUGUAUCUUUCUCUCCCCCUCUCUGUCUUCCCCUCUCGAUUUCUCUCUGUCCUAUCCAACAACAAAAUCUUUUAAAAUCUUUAAAAAACAUAUAUGUACUUUUUUUAUAUAUUGAGAGAAAGACACAGAGAGGUACCAGAGUUCUAACUCGUCUCUUGACGCUGGUAAAUAGGAGGGAUUAAACCUGGGGCUUUUUUUUUUUUUUAAGUAUUUAUUUUUUUAGAGUGAUGCAGAGAGAGAAAGACACAGAGAGAAAUACCAGAGCACUGCACAGCUCUGGCUUAUUGUGGUGUGGGGGAUUGAACCUGGGACUUUGAAACCCUAGGCAGGAAAGUCUGUUUGCAUAACCAUUAUGCUAUCUACCCCCGCCCAAACCUGGGGCUUUUGAAAGUCUUUUUUGGGACUGGUUGAAUGCACAUGUGACAAUGUAGAAGGACCCAGGUUCAAGCCCCCAGUCCUCAGAUGCAGGGGGAAGCAUUCUAAGUGGUGAAAUAGUGCUACAGACAUUUUUAUCUCUAUUAAAUAACUGAAGAUGAUUUU